UUCGUUGUGAUUGUUCAGUGUGUCCCUUACCUGCGAUUCAGGUAAACUUUGUUUUGAAAUGCGUCCAGGUGGAAGAGGUAGAGGGGUAAAUGGAGGGCUAAAUGGAGGGGUAAACGGAGGUGCAGUUCAAACACCUGCAGCUGGCAGAGGAAGAGGACGAGGGAGAGGGUCGCGAGUAAUUACUCCACCAGAUCAAGAACAAACAAUUCCUGCAAUCGGUCAGUUAUCAGUUGGAGGGGUCAGAGAGAGGGGCGCCAGAGCUAACUACAGGCAGGAUGAACCAGGUCCAUCUCAACUAGCAGCAGUGAAGUGUGGACCACCCCCUGGUAAACCAGUCACUCUUCUAACUAACUAUCUUAAGUUGGUCAAGUCGAAUAAUCUCCCUAUCUUCCAGUACCAUGUGGAGAUAUCCCCCGAGAUUGUGAAUGAAAGAAGAAAAACAGGAAUGAUGUACAAUGGAAUAGAAGAACUAAAAUAUAAAAUUAUAUUUAAAGAUCAAAUUUUGUACACUUUCUUGGAUACAAUUGGAGCUGAGAAAGAAUAUCAUGUCACAAGUUCUACUAAAGAUGGGGAGAUAAUACACAGAGUAACUGUAAAGAGAACAGGAGAAGUCAUAAAAGACAGCCCGCACUUUGCUAACGUAUUCUUUAAUCAUGUGGCAAAUAACAUAUCCGACUGGCAGAGAAUUCGAAGAGAUUACUUUGACCCAAAGAACGUGACAAAACUUCCUCAAUAUCACGUGGAGAUCCUGCCUGGCUAUCAGUUUAGAGCUGGAACCUUCGCUUCGGGUCCCCUCAUGAGUAUCGAUAAUAAACACAAAGUCAUGCGGACUAACACAGCUCUGCAGUUUAUCCAGGAAAUCGUUACAAAGAAAGGUGGUCAGCUACAAACAGCUCAAACUGAUAUAAUCCGAGAGUUGACAGGAAGAGUCGUUAUUACAAGGUACAACAACAGCACAUACAAGAUUGAUGACGUAUUGUUUGACAUGAAAGCAUCUCAUGAGAUUGAAUUGCGACCUGGGUACAAAAUAUCCUUCAUAGAUUACUACAAAAAUAAGUUCAAUCUCACAAUCCAUGAUGCAGACCAGCCGAUUCUUUUGAGUCGAAAGAAACAACGUGAUACCAAUGGUAAUGAUAAAGAAAUACAGAUUCAUCUAGUUCCAGAAGUAUGCUAUCUCACUGGACUGUCCGAACAAGAAUCUACCAACACAAGAACCCCUUUAUUUAAGGCACUGUCAAAUGUAACACGCACCAAUCCGACUGAUAAAGUUGCGGUUCUCCAGACCUUUGCUGAUACCAUAAACCAAGAACCGAUAACCGAGAGGUGGGGCUUGAAUGUGGAAACUUCCUUACUGCAACUUCAAGGAGGAAACAUUGGAGCAGAACAAGUUAUCAAUGAGAAAUUCAAAAUAGACAGGGGAAGCUUUGAUAGAAUGACAAGGAGUAGAUUUGUCAUAUCUUCUGCAGGAAUCAAGGAUAAUUGCCAUAUCAUCUGCAACAGUAGGGACAUGCCGUUGGCACUGUCUAUGGUAGAGCAGAAAUUUGCUCAAGCAGCUGGCAUGGAUAUAAUUUUCAGAAGAGAGAACAUUAUUCAAGUUAACAGUGACAGGGCAGAAGCAUUCAUGGAGGCAGGGAACUCAGUGGAUACGAAAGCUCUGCUUUUUAUUUUGCCAAACGAGAAAGCUGACAGAUACAAUGCCAUCAAAAAACGUUUUUGUGUUGAACAGCCGAGAAUCACACAGGUCGUUUUAGCAAAAACCUUACGGAACAGCAAUGGAUUAGCGUCAAAGAUUACAAAGAUCCUAAUGCAGAUUGAUGCGAAAGCUGGUGGCCAUCUUUGGAAAAUAAAUCUUCCAGUAAAGAAUGUUAUGUUCGUGGGCAUAGACACAUACCAUGAUUCCCUAUCUAGGCGACGUUCAGUUGGCGGAUUUGUUGCCAGUAUGAACGAUAUCCAGACACGUUACUACUCAAGAGCAUUUUGGCAUGACAAUGCUGGCGAAGAAGUCUUCUCAGGCUUACAGCCUAUCAUGAAGGACACCCUCCUUGAGUAUUAUCAGUUGAAUCAACAAUUUCCAGCAAGAAUUAUCAUAUUUAGGGAUGGAGUUGGUUAUGGUCAGAUGCAAGCUGUGCGGGAAUUGGAGAUAGAGUCUAUAAAGAGGGCUAUGUUGGAGUUACAGCUGCAAAAGACUGAAUUUGUUUUCACAGUAGUAGCAAAGCGCAUAAACACUCGCUUCUUUGAAAAGUUUGGAACAAACUACAAGAACCCUUUCCAUGGCACAAUUGUAAGCAAUGGUAUAACAAAAAACGAUCAAGCGUUUGACUUCUAUUUGGUCUCUCAAUCUGUUAGCCAAGGAACUGUGAGCCCAACACAUUAUACAGUCUUGGAAUGGAAUACAACUCUUAAACCUGAGCAUUUACAGCAGAUUGCAUUUAAACUCUGCCAUAUGUAUUUCAAUUGGACUAGAAUUGAACAAUUUGGGAUCCGGACUCUACAGCGUAAGACUCUACAGCGUGAGACUCUACGGCGGAUAGAUGACUAUAACAACAAUAAAACUUGA